AUGGCUGAAGAAGGUUACGAAGAGCGGCUUAUUAAUGAAGAAUACAAAAUAUGGAAGAAAAAUACACCCUUUCUCUAUGAUAUGGUGAUGACACAUGCGCUUGAAUGGCCAAGCUUAACCGUACAAUGGCUGCCCGAUGUACAGAGGUAUAAUUUUUAA